CAGGAUGGUUGCUCCCUGACUCGGAAGCUGCCAGCGUUCGACAUGAGUGCCCCAAGCUGUCCGAGUAACAGCGAGAACCAGUUUGGCCCUCGAGUCAAUAGCGCAUGUCGUCCAUUCGACUUCACCCUGUUAUUUGAAGAUGCAUUCUUCAGCAUUCUGCCAUCGACUAUCCUUCUACUCUUGCUGCUGCCUCGAUUCGAGAUCUUGAGGCGUUCAUCUGUAAAGCUGAACUCGUUUAAGCUUGCCGUGUACAAAUUGAGUAUUUUAGUUAUCCUUUUUGCCUUGCAGAUCGUGUUCACAGUAUACCAAAUCCAGACACCAGCUCUGCACACAAGGAUCUCAACUCCAUCAGCGGUGCUCAACUUGACUGCAACUCUCGCGGCACUUAUCCUGUCCUUCUUUGAGGACCAACGCCUUGUCAAACCAUCCGAUACUCUCGUGUUAUACUUUUCAGCCCUGACUAUCUUGUAUAUUCCUCGGCUCCGCACGCUAUGGCAUAUUCCAAGCUAUGUCCCUCGGGGACUCUUUACGGCCAUCUACAUUGUUAUAGUCUUGGCUGCUGUUCUUGAAUCGGCAAGAAAAACCGUGAUGCUUCGUCCUCUUUACAAACAUAUAGCAGUUGAACAAAUUCAUGGGUUUUGGGGCCGCAACUUCUUCCUCUGGCUUUUUCCACUGUUUCGGAAUGCAUAUACUCAGGUUAUUGGAGUCGAUGAUCUACCCGAUAUCGACUCUAGAUUGAGAGCUGAAUAUGCAGAGGUGCGCCUUCUACAAGCCUGGCAAAAGACACAUGGGAAAUACCGACUACUCAAAGCAACCUUUCGUGCUUACUACAGUCCUUUCCUCUCCGCAAUCAUUCCACGGGCGAUGAUGGUCGUGUUCACGUUUUGCCAACCGUUUCUUAUCACGGCGACGAUAGACUAUAUAAGCGCACCAAGCACCCGAGAGAAUAAAAGAUAUGGGCAGGCCUUGAUUGGAGCAUAUGCACUGGUAUACUCUGGAACCGCAAUCUCUACUGCUGUCUAUUACCGCCAGGCCAAUCGAAUGGCAACCGUCGUACGGUCCGGUCUUGUGGCAAUGAUUUACGAGCAAACGGUUGCCCUCAAAACCACCAACUCAACCAAGGCAGAAGCUGUGACGCUAAUGGGAACCGACAUGCAGCGAAUCGUCACAAGCGUGCGAACAUUGCAUGAUACAUGGGCAUCCAUCGUAUCCGUCGGAGUAGCAAUCUGGCUUCUGGAGCUGCAAGUCUACAUUGCUUGUAUUAUGCCUGCUAUAAUUGCUGUUGUAUGCAUCCUUGGGACGACGCCAAUCUCCAGUAGAUAUGGAACUGCCCAGGCUUUCUGGAUAGGAAAGGUGCAAAAAAGGCUUGCUAUUACCUCCACAGUGUUGAAGGAUAUGAAAGCCGUGAAGAUGCUGGGACUCGAAACGAUCUUAGUCGACGUGAUUACUACGUACAGGAAGACUGAGCUCGAGGCCUCCAAGCGAUUCAGAAAGCUUCUUGUUGGAAUUGUGAUGUUAUCGUGUGUACCUGCCGAUUUUGCCCCGUACGCGGUUUUUGUGGUCUAUACGAUUAUUGCAUUGACUCGGAAUGACCAAACGCUUCUAACAUCACAGGCAUUUACAACUGUGUCUUUGGUAUCGAUCCUUACAACACCCCUGCUGUCAUUCGUUCAGACUCUUCCUCAGAUAACUCAAUCAAUGGGUUGCUUUGAGCGAAUCCAAGAUUAUUGUUCGAGAGAGUGCUCAAUCGACCUCUCAACUUCUCCAGAUUCAUCUAAAGCAUCUAAUAUUUCUUUUGAUGGAGUUGAAUUGGCGGCAAUGCCAAAGCAGGAUAAGAGUGGGGACUCACCAUUGCAUGGAUUUUUUGUAUCAUUUCAGGAUGCGAACAUAUCUUGGGCAACGGAUGGUGAAACGGUUUUGCGCAACCUGACCUUGUCAAUCCCUAGAAACAGGAUCGUGAUGAUCGUUGGACCCGUUGGCUGCGGGAAAUCAGCCCUUUUGGAGACCAUCAUGGGCCGGAUGUUUGUCAAAGAUGGGAGCAUGCACUCUCCGGAAGCAAGUGUUGCGUACUGCCCUCAGACCCCCUGGAUCAUGAACAGUCCCAUCAGGUUCAAUAUUACGGGGGAGACUGAAUUCGACGAAAAGUGGUAUGAUUCUACAAUCUCGGCGUGUGCUCUCACAAGUGAUUUGAGCAUGCUGCCUGGUGGCGAUCUGCAUAUGGCCGGGAGUAAUGGAGUUUCUCUGAGUGGAGGACAGAAACAGAGGGUGGCUCUUGCGCGGGCAGUGUACUCCCGACUUCCUACCAUCGUUCUCGACGAUAUCUUCAGUGGGCUUGACUCUCAUAGCGUCCGAAGAAUCGGCGAGAGUCUGUUUGGCCAGACAGGCCUCUUCCGUAGGACAGACAAAACAGUGGUUCUCGCAACCCAUACUCAAUACCUCCUCCCUUAUGCGGACGAGAUCAUCCUUUUGAAUGACGGCAAAAAGGUGGAUCAAGGCACCUACCAAGAAUUUUUGAUUCGGCACCCCGAGUACGUCGGGGCCAAGACAGAAGGAAACUCGCCAUCUGAUGCAGAUAAUCUCACGGCACAGGACACACAAAAGCCGUAUGAGACCAUUGCCGAGGCCGAUGAAUCAGAUGAUUUGAAAAGAGACCUCACUAGACGGGAUGGUAGCUGGUCCAUAUACAAGUACUACUUUCGAAACGCAGGGUUCGCAUCGGCGGCGAUUAUGGUGGCAUCUUGUCUUGCCUACGGGUUUACUGGUCAAUUCUCUACGCUAUGGUUGCAGUGGUGGUCCGCUGCGAAUGAGCAGCAGCCGAACACCGAUGUUGGAAAAUAUCUUGGUGUUUAUACUGUCCUCUUUGUUGCGUCAUGUGUGACACUUUGGGCAGCCUGCUGGACAUUGCUGGUAAAUAUUAUUGGCAAUACUGCUUUGAAUCUGCAUUCAGAGCUACUGCAAGCUACUCUUAGUGCACCCUUUAGGUUUUUUCAACAAACAGAUACCGGGUCGAUAAUCAACAGAUUCAGCCAGGAUAUGGAGUUGAUUGAUUUCUCGUUGCCGUUGGUCUUUUUAAAUUUUAUGGAAGGCAUCAGUAUCUGUGUCGUAUGCCUUGUCAUCCUCUGUGUCAUCGGGAAAUACAUCACCAUCACAAUCCCUUUUAUGUUGCUCGCUUUGUGGGCAAUUCAGCUCGGCUAUCUUCGCACUUCCCGGCAGGUGCGACUUUUGGAUAUUGAGGCCAAAGCUCCUCUGUACUCCCAUUUCCACGAGACUGUUAGCGGUAUAUCGGUUAUUCAGGCUUUCCGGUGGCAAAGAAGCUUCCAUCAGCAAUGCAUUGCUAGGCUGGACCAAUCGCAAAAGCCAUUCUACAUGCUCUACUGCAUCCAACAAGGUCUACAGCUUGCUCUGGACCUUGUUGUGAUGGUCUUUGCGGUGAUCCUGGUUGCAGUUAUAGUUUCACUGAGGGACAAGUUCAGUCCGGGAGGGGUUGGUGUGGCAUUGAACCUGACACUUACCUUUAGUAUGACUUUGAACCGAACCAUUGAGUCAUGGACCCAAAUGGAGCUUUCAAUUGGAGCGGUGUCUCGGGUGCGACAAUUUGUCGAGGAGAUGCCUCCGGAGGAGACAAGUCGCUCUUUGCGUGUUUGCGAAGACCGGCUGCCUCAAGGUACAAUCAAAUUUGAGGAUGUUACUGCAGGCUACAGCCCAGAAACCGAGCCGAUCCUCAAGAAUCUCACGAUAAACAUCAAGCCCGGCGAGCGGAUAGCUGUCUGCGGUCCUUCCGGCAGCGGGAAGACAUCCCUAAUAAUGGCCCUCCUUCGAAUGAUUCAAAUCCAGGAUGGACAAGUAUCGAUCGACGGAGUUGACCUGUCUACCAUUGAUCCUACGUCAAUUCGAUCUCAGAUCAACGUCAUUCCACAGGACCCCUUCUUCAUGCCUGGCACGUUACGAUUCAACCUCGACCCCAAAGGAGCCCUUCCAGACGAGUCCAUAGUCUCCGCAAUCCAGAAGGUCGGAUUAUGGACCCGCGUAAGCAUGAACGGCGGGCUAGGCGCAACAAUCGAUACCCUUGAUUGGUCCUAUGGUGAAAAGCAGUUACUAGCCCUUGCCAGGGCUUUGACUGUGAAGGAUAACCAUAUACUAGUUUUGGAUGAGGCAACCAGCAGUGUGGACCGGGAAACCGAAUCGCUGAUGUAUGAAAUCAUCGCCAAGGAAUGCGCCAAACAGACUGUGAUCGCGGUGGUUCAUCGUCUGGGACACAUUGACUGGUUUGAUCGUGUGGCGGUCCUUCAGCAGGGAGAGGCGGUAGAGUUUGACUCCCCUCGGACACUGUUAGAGCAGCAGGAUUCGGCGUUUAAGAGACUGUAUACCGCUUUGCAGAAAUAGACACGAGGUGUUUACUAGUAUCAGCUAGUUAUAUGGAGGAGCAGAGGUGACACUUGACUACUAGUCCAAGACUGAUACCAAAGACUGACACCUAAGAAUGAUAAAGGUUUACUCCAGAUCAUCGACACAGUACCCUCCG